AUGAAUGGCGAAGAGAGCGGGAAGGAAUGGCCGGGGCAGCAGAGGAGAUUGGUGGAAGCUUUGAGAGGUAGAGACUUCCUUAGAGGAGAGGUGGAGAAAGUUGAACAGAAUCUCCAAAAGCUGGAGGCGCAUCGAAGAGCACUUGUGGACGUGCUGAGGAUUUGUGACGGCAGGAUGGAGAUAGACGUCAACAGAUACAGGUCAGUCUACACCAUAGACCUUAGCCACACCAAGGGCUUGGUGCAUGUUCCCGGGGAGAGGCACCAUCUGGUGAUCUACAGCCUUGGGAGAAUUCCAGCGCCAAACAUGAAGCCUUUCUACAGCCAGAAGAACGUCUAUCCCAUUGACUACAUGUGCAAAAGAGCGUACUAUAGGGGUGGAGCCCACUUUUCGACGACAAGAGAUGCAGUGCUCUAUACGUGCACGAUAAGGAAUGUCUGCAGCAAGCCUCUGUUCGAGAUAGCCGAGGGAGAUCUGUGCAUAAGAGGGAAGGCGGGAGAGGUGUUCAAUGUAUUUAGAAGCCUGUUUCCGAAAGGGAUUGAGUUUGCAAAUAUAGUCGAGUUUUUUGGGCUGAACAACCCGCAUGUCAAGAGACUGAUUGGCGAGCAGGAGGGCUUUUCGGAUCUGGGGAUUGGAGACAGGUGGGAAAAGAGGGCGUGA